GCAAUCAUGAACCCAUCAAUGUUAUUGCAGCAAUGGUGGCAACAAUUCGAUCCUGUCAUCUUCUUUACUUUUCUCUUCGCCAUUCUUUAUCUCUUCAAGUUUUCAAGAUCCUGGAAUCGCAAUCUGCCGCCAUCUCCACCAAAGCUUCCCAUCAUUGGCAACAUUCACCAAGUUGGGAAAUUGCCCCACCGAUCUUUCCGAGCCUUGUCUGAGAAAUAUGGCCCUUUGAUGCUUUUACACAUGGGGCAAACUCCAACACUCGUGGUCUCAUCUGCUGAAUUAGGCAGGGAGGUCAUUGUUGAACACGAUGUGUUCGUAGAAAGGCCUCAAAUAAGAGUUACUCAUACUCUCUUCUGUGGCUGCACCGACAUUGCGUUUUCUAGUUACGGUGAUUACUGGAGACAAGCAAAGAAAAUCUGUGUUGUUGAACUUCUGAGCCAGAGGAGGGUUAAAAUGUUUCAGCUCGUGAGAGAACAAGAGGUUUCGAGAAUGAUUGAGAAUAUAACAGAGUGUUGUCACAAUGGGUCUGAAAUUGCUGCUUGUGAAAUGUUUGAAACCAUUGCGAACAACAUCAUCAGCAGAUCUGUUCUUGGUCAAGUAUAUGAAAGAGAACAUGGGAAUAAAGGGUUUGGGGAGCUAUCAAGGAAGGCAAUGGAUCUUAUAGGAUCCUUUUGCUUUGAAGAUUUCUUUCCAUAUUUGGGAUGGGUUGAUGCUCUUACAGGCUUGACUUCAGAACUGGAAAAGGUUUCCAGUGAACUACAUGCUUUUAUUGAUCAAAUAAUAGAAGAUCGCCUGGUUAUGAUGAAUGAUGGAGAUAAUUAUACAUCGGAUAACAAAAGUUUCGUUGAUAUUCUUCUUCAUCUUCAGCUGGAUGGCAAGCUUGACAUCAGUCUAACUCAAGAUAACCUCAGGGCUAUCCUACUGGACAUGUUUAUUGGCGGAACCGAUAAUAUAGCUGCCACACUGGAAUGGGCAAUGGCAGAACUUAUGAAAAACCCCGACAUAAUGAAGAAAGCUCAAGAAGAGGUAAGAACAGUGGUGGGUAGAAAACCAAGUGUGAUUGGGAUGGAUGUCAAUGAAAUGCACUACUUGAAAUGUGUUGUGAAAGAGACUCUGAGACUCCAUGCUCCUGUUAUGGUCUCAAGACAAAAUCCCACAGCUACUAAAUUGGCAGGUUACGAUAUUCCUGCUAAAACAAUAGUAUUGGUGAAUACAUGGGCAAUUCAGAGGGAUCCCAAGUUGUGGGACAAGGCUGAAGAGUUCAUCCCAGACAGGUUUUUGAACAGUUCAGUUGAAUUCAAGGGCCAACAUAUUGAGUUUAUGCCAUUUGGUGCCGGUAGAAGAGGUUGUCCCGGGAUUACGUUUGCAGUUGCCGGAGCUGAAUAUGUUUUGGCCAAUCUUUUGUACUGGUUUGAUUGGGAGUUGCCUGAUUCGCAAAGGUGUGAAGAUUUAGACAUGAGUGAUUAUUAUGCUCUCGUCGUUCGCAAGAAGGUACCCCUUCGUCUUGUACCAGUACUGCAUUCUUUUUCAAAAACCUGCAAUCCAUUUGUGUGCUCUUCAGGAUCUUAGGGUAGAUGUAAUGUUUUGCUAUUCAUAUAAAUGCUGCUGAAGUUCAUGAAAACUUGUUACCAUUUAUUGAAGAGUGAUAAACAACUAAAUUCCUCUCUGUAAUGCUAUGAGCUUGUUUGUACGACAGAUUCAACGCAAUGUUGCGUUCUCGUUUCG